GCGCUGUGGGAGCUCCGUGCAGCCUUAUCUCGCGUCCGUCGUGGCCCGGCUCCGUGUGCGGCUCUGCGCGGCGGGGAGGCGGCGGCCGCGAGCGGGGACCGUGACGCUGCGGCCGCACCAUGCUGCGCUUCCUGUGGGACAGCGUCUCCCUGCAGAUGCUCUUCGUCUUCCUCUUGGUCUUCCUGCUGGUCGCUGACUACAUGAAGAGGAGAAAGCCCAAGGACUUCCCUCCUAGUCCUUUUUCCUUCCCUUUCCUGGGAAAUGUGCAAUUUUUGUUUGCCAAAGACCCCAUGGCUACAACACAGAAGAUCAUUGAAGAACAUGGAGAUAUCUUCAGCAUGCAAGUAGGCACCCAGUCUUUUGUGAUCUUAAAUGGGCUGCAAAUGAUCAAGGAAGCCCUUGUGACCCAGGGAGAGAAUUUCCUGGAUCGCCCAGAAAUUCCUAUCAACACAGAGAUCUUCAACAAAUUGGGGCUGAUCUCCUCCAAUGGGCAUCUGUGGAAGCAGCAGAGAAGGUUCACCUUGACCACCCUCCGAAAUUUUGGCCUGGGGAAGAGGAGCCUGGAGGAGCGGAUCCAGGAGGAGUGCCGGUUCCUCACGGAUGCGUUCAGGGAUGAGCAGGGAAAUCCUUUCAACCCUCACCUUAAAAUCAACAAUGCUGUUUCAAACGUUAUCUGCUCCAUCACCUUCGGCAGUCGGUUUGAAUACCAUGAUGGAAACUUCCAAAACUUACUGCGGCUGAUGGAUGAGACUGUUCUCCUCCAUGGGAAGAUAAUGAGCCAGCUGUACAAUGCUUUCCCCUCCGUAAUAAAGUACCUCCCAGGAUCUCACCAAACCAUUUUUGAAAACUGGAGACUCAUGAAAGGUUUUGUGAAAGAGAAGAUCAGCAAACAUAAGGAAGACCUGAGCCCCUCAGAGAGCCGAGACUUCAUUGACAGCUACCUGCAGGAGAUGGCCAAGCCCAAUGGCAGUGAUUUCUGCGAGGAUAACCUGGUUGCAUGCACUCUCGACCUGUUUUUUGCUGGGACUGAGACCACCUCCACAACCAUCCGCUGGGCCCUACUGUAUAUGGCCAUAUAUCCAGAGAUUCAAGCCCGUGUGCAAGCAGAGAUUGAUGCUGUCAUUGGGCAGACACGGCAGCCAGCCUUGGAGGACAGGGACAAGAUGCCCUACACCAAUGCCGUCAUCCAUGAAGUGCAGAGGAAAGGCAACAUCGUUCCUUUCAGUUUGCCUAGAGAGGCAAUGAAGGACACAGUCCUGGCUGGUUUCCACCUGCCCAAGGGCACUAUUGUAGUCCCAAACCUAUCCUCGGUGAUGCUUGACAAGAAGGAAUGGGAAACCCCUCACAGCUUUAAUCCUGAGCAUUUCCUGAAGGAUGGUCAGUUCUGGAAAAGGGAGGCUUUUAUGCCAUUUUCUAUAGGGAAGCGCGCCUGCCUGGGUGAGCUGCUGGCCCGCGCCGAGCUCUUCCUCUUCUUCACGGCUCUGCUCCAGAAAUUCACCUUCCAGGCUCCCCCGGACACCAUCCUCGACUUCAAAUUCAUUCUGGGCAUCACCUUGGCCCCGCGGCCCUACAAGAUCUGUGCAGUGCCUCGAUAGGGAGUGCGGCCACUGUUCUCAGAGGGAGAACUCUCAGCUUUAAAUGGCAGCUUUAAAUGGUAUCCACUGACUGACUCCUCACCAGCUGCCAUGGGCCAUUGCAACAACAGCCUUACAUGUUGUGUUUCUUUUAAAGUAAUUGCCAAGUCUCUUCCUUUUACAGGCACAUUUUACACACUGUAUCAGCUGAAAAAGAUUGGUCAGGGCCCUUUUGGGCUUGCAGUCCAGCACUGUCAGUGAAUGAGGUACUCAGGACUUUCUUAAUUCCAUGUAUGAUGGCCAUGCAUCACAGCUGUGGAUCAGUAGUGGAAGGGAGCAAUACAAAUAGUGACUGGAAACAGUUUCUACUUUGAUCUUAGGAAAACUGUUAGAAGUACACUGAUGCCCUGUGACAUCUCCCUCUCUUGCACAUUAAUAAAUCCCAAUUGAAGCAUU